AUGUAGCCUUCCCUGCGUCGCUCGGUUUCUCCUCCUCUUCCUUUUAUUCCGUUUGCCUGCAUCUCCAGCACCACCCGCUACAGCUGUAAGGCAGAGAUGGAGACCUUCCGCUAAUUACUGUAAACUGUCGAAAUAAAGAUUUGUGAGAGAAGGCAAAAGGAGAGAGACGGCGGUGGGUGAAGAACAGGAAGGUGGACCUCAGAGCUGGAGACAGACAGUAAGACAGGGCGACAAGCGGAAAGACAAAACCAUAUGGUGGGACAGAAGAGCGUUUUUUGUUUUUUUUCCUGAGGACAGCUGAAGCGGACAGAAACUUAUUCAACCACCGUUUGCUCAGGGAGGAUUGCGGCGUUUGGACCUGCCUGGACGCGCACACACACACAGAGCAUCACAAGACGCGGUGCAGCCCUACAAAAGCUUCCUGCAGGGACGAAAUUUAAUUAGACAACUUAUUGACACACACAAAAAAAAGCUUCUCACGGCAACAAGACAUGUCUGGACAGACAGUGACCAUCCCGGACGACAGCGCGUUCGCCAGCUUCAAGGCGGAGUGCCUGUGCGAAGAGGGCUGGAGCAUGAGCUACAGCAAGGGGGGCACCACGGUGUGGACCCAGGGGCUGGAGGAGGGAAAGUCCGUCCAUAAAAUCAAGUGUCGCAUAGUAUGUAAGGACGUGCCGGCAGAGACGAUGUACGAUGUUCUCCAUGACAUUGAAUACAGAAAAAAGUGGGACUCAAACGUCAUCGAGACCUUUGAUAUCGGGAAGCUCACAGUGAAUGCAGAUGUCGGGUACUACUCAUGGAAGUGUCCAAAACCUCUCCGAAACCGGGACGUCAUCACCCUUCGCUCCUGGCUGCCGAUAGGGAAGGAUUACAUCAUCAUGAACUACUCUGUGAAGCAUGUCAAAUACCCACCCAGAAAGGACAGGGUGCGGGCUGUUUCCAUUCAGACGGGCUACAUGAUUCAGAGCCAGGGACCAAGCAAUUGUACCCUCACCUACAUGGCCCAGGUAGAUCCACGAGGUUCAUUACCCAAGUGGGUUGUCAACAAGUCUUCUCACUUCCUCGCUCCUCACGCUAUGAAAAAGAUCAGCAAAGCCUGUCUGAAAUAUGCAGAAUGGAAGCAGAGACACAGCCCCAACUUCAAACCCUGGCUGUAUCCCGAACAGACCACAUUACCCACAAUCCCACUUUCGGAGCUGAGCAUUCAGCACGCAGAGAGCCUGGAGAAUAUCGACGAGAGCUCCUUGGCUGAGACUCCAGAGAGAGAAGACAGCGACUAAACCAAAUGUGUUAAUACAAACAGCAAUGCAGGGAUACAUAAAUGCUUAAUAAACAUCCCAUCAUUACAUGUA